GCAAGGAUAAAACUCCCCGACAGCAUUCCCAGCUAGGUCGCAGCCUGGGGAGCUAAGUGCCUUGUCCGGUUCCGGGACACGCAGUGUGCACCCAUCGUUGGACUCACUCGCCGGAAGGCAUCAUGCCCCAGAACGUGGUCCUCCCGGGCCCUGCGCCCUGGGGCUUCAGACUCUCGGGGGGCAUAGACUUCAACCAGCCUUUGGUCAUCACCAGGAUCACUCCGGGAAGCAAGGCGGCAGCUGCCAACCUGUGUCCUGGAGAUGUCAUCCUGGCUAUUGAUGGCUUCGGUACAGAGUCCAUGACCCAUGCUGAUGCACAGGACAGGAUUAAAGCAGCAUCAUAUCAACUGUGUCUCAAGAUUGACAGGGCGGAAACCCGCUUAUGGUCUCCACAGGUGUCUGAAGACGGAAAAGCACAUCCUUUCAAAAUAAACUUAGAAGCUGAACCACAGGAUGUGAACUACUUUGAACACAAGCACAAUAUUCGGCCCAAACCUUUCAUAAUUCCAGGCCGAACCAGCGGCUGCAGCACUCCUUCCGGUAUUGACGGUGGCAGUGGACGUAGCACCCCUUCUUCUGUCAGUACCGUUAGUACCAUCUGCCCAGGGGACUUAAAGGUUGCGGCUAAGAUGGCCCCUAACAUUCCUUUGGAAAUGGAACUUCCCGGCGUGAAGAUUGUGCACGCCCAAUUUAACACACCUAUGCAGUUGUACUCAGAUGACAAUAUCAUGGAAACACUUCAGGGUCAGGUUUCCACAGCUCUAGGGGAGACACCCUCGAUGAGUGAACCCACGGCCUCAGUACCCCCUCAUUCAGAUGUGUACCGCAUGCUCCAUGACAAUCGGGAUGAACCAACUCCUCCUCGCCAGUCCGGCUCCUUCAGGGUGCUCCAGGAACUAGUGAACGACGGGUCUGAUCAUCGCCCUGCUGGAACUAGGAGCGUGAAGGCUCCGGUUACGAAAGUCCACGGCGGAGCUGGCGGUGCCCCAAGGAUGCCACUCUGCGACAAGUGUGGGGGUGGCAUUGUAGGCGCUGUUGUCAAGGCCCGGGAUAAAUACCGGCACCCCGAGUGCUUUGUGUGCGCUGACUGUAACCUCAACCUCAAGCAGAAAGGCUACUUCUUCGUGGAGGGGGAGCUGUACUGUGAGACCCACGCGAGAGCCCGCACGAGACCCCCAGAAGGCUACGACACCGUCACUCUGUACCCCAAAGCUUAAGUCCUUUGCAAAUGAGAACCCGCAUGCACGCAUGCACGCACCCACGCACAUGUACACUGGCCGAUGAUAUGGAUGGCUUUAGCAGAAGGAACACAGUCCCCUCCCAAUCUGAAGCCAAGGCUUUUAGGCAUGUAUCUUAUUGUCUAGUGAGGGAAAGAAAUGGGGAGCCAAAGGCUCCCAAAAACAAGUGUUACCUAUGGUUUGUAACUCUUCAACUUUGGGGACAGCAAUGGUGACAUUUAAAGCAAUAAUGUUUCAAUGUUACACUCCACAAGUUCCAUCUGUUAGACAACCAUCGGAUGUGUAAACACAUGGAUAUUUGGGGGAGUCAAGUGGUUUUUCCUCCAAAAUUGCUUUUGAUAAUUGUAGUAAGUGGUGCCAAAUAGCAAUCUUAUACUCUAACAAAACUCGCAGGUGUCUGUGUCUGUUUUUCCUAACGUGCCUGUCAGGAAGACAUUUCCAGGAUUUCUCUGUUUUACAUGCAAACAGCUGUAUCACUGGAUGACACAACCCGAUAAAUACGUGAAGCAUGUUUUUUAAUUCAUGGUGAAGUGGUAAUCAGUGGGUUCAUCAUUUCAGCAAGAGGACCCACUCCUCUCUUAGCAUGUAAACUAACAAAUAUUUUAAGAAAUCUGUGCCCUCGUCAGUUUUAAUAGUUCAGUCUUUUAUGUGUAUGGUAGGGGUUGGAAUACGCUCAUAGGGUAGGGGGCCUGGAGCAUGACCAUGUUUGUGGAGGCCAGAGGUCACCCUUCACAUCAUUCUUCAGGAGCCAUCAACGUUGGGUUUUGAGACAAGAUCUCUCCCGGGGACUCCGGGCUUGCUGAUUCGGGUAGGAUGAGUAGUCAGCAACCCAGGCAUCUGCAUCCCCAGGUGACAUCACAGGCAGCUGUCAGCCCCUCUGCCUUUUUAUAAGAGUGCUGAGGGUCAAACGUUGGCCUUCCCGCUUGGUAGGCAAGCUCUUCACUGACUGAAGUACUUCCUGCCCCCCCCCACCCCGCUGUUUCUUAUGGGCCCUAAGUUUCUGCUGAUGGAAGGAGCCUUGAAAUUUUCUAAUUUAAGGCAAUUCAGUAUGUUUCCCAUUAUACUUUUUUUUUUUUUUUGCUUUGGCUUGUGCUCUUUUUAUCUUUAUUUGUUUUAUUGUAUUACAUGAGUAUUUUGCCUGCGAGUAUGUAUGUGUACCACGUGCAUGCCUGAUGCCUACGGAGGUCUGACGAAAGUGAUGGGUCCCCUGGAACCGGAGUCGUGGAAGGUUGUGAGCCACUAUGGAGCUGCUAGGUAGGAACUAAACCCUGGUCCUCUGCAAGAAUGGCAUGUGCUCUUAACGAAUGAGCCAUGUCUCCAGCCCCCAGCAUGGGCUCUUUUGGUGAGAUGUCUCUUUCACGUGAACAUUCAGUGAAAUGGAAAGCUAAGGUCCACCAGGACUGUUUGUUUCUCUCUCUGACUUGGCAGCACCCUCUUCUGUAUCCCAGGAUGACAUCUCUAUGGGGAGACCUCCUGGAGAAGGUGGGUACUGCCUCCCUGCUAGGACUUGCUGGUCCCCACUGCCGAUCUCCACGCCUUUGCUGUGAACUUGCUCUUGACAUAGUUCAGCCGAGGCCUUAACCUUGGCUCCUUUGUCAUCUCUAAAACUCUUAGCUCAGUCUUCCAAGGAGUCUUGAAUUGGGACCUGAACUCUGUCUGGCCCCUGGCCCGGGCAGUCUGCCAUGGAAGUCCUGCUAAGACUCACCUUCCCAGUCACCUAAGCUAGCCCCACAGCAAAGCCCUUGACUUGUGCCUCUCACCUACUUCCUUCCCUGGUGACACUAGAGCAGGUCUGAGUUUGUCCUUUUAAAGGUCACACAGUGGGGGAGCAGUGAGAUGGGGUGAUGACUGUCUCAGGGAGUCUGCCUUUCAUGGUGUCACUCAGCCGUGCCUACCUGCUGGAGCUGCUGCUUGCUAACCUGGAGCACGUGUCUUCCUCCUAGAGUGUCAAGUAUGAGACAUUUAACUGUCUCUGACCCUGACUUCUCCAGAGAAUUCCUGCCUGGCUCCCAUAGGCAUUUGCGAUUAUAACCUCUGCAAUAAAACAUGUUUGUUACUAGAGCUAUUAAAACUGGUAAGUUCUGAUUGAGGUCUAGAGAUGUGAAUUGUGUAAAAUGCAUUUCAUUUUUGCUCAAAGGUUAUUUUUAAGAAUUUGUCCUGGAAAACAAAGUUUUGGAAGGUGGAAGUUAAAUGAAUGAUAACUGGCUGAGAAAAUUAAAACCAAAACCAGCAACAGAGUAAAUAGAAAUACAGGUGAAUUUACUUUCUAGACUCUUGAAAAGCAUCAGAAUUGACAAGACCAGGGCCAGAGGCCAGAGGUUAAAGAUGGGGCCACCAAAGGAGAAAUAAAUGGAAUGUAUUUAAGACACACUUCUCAGUUGGUGGAGUUCUUGCCUUCCAUACACAAAGCCCCAGAGUUGAUCCUCCACUUUAAAUAACCCAAGUGUGGAUCAUAUCUGUAAUCCUAGCACUCGGGAGGCAAAAUCAGAAGGAUCAGAAGUUCAAGGUCAUCCUCAGCUACAUAACACUUUCAGAACCAGAUACACCGGUCACUAUUUCAAACCACAAACAACAACAAAGAAGUAUUCAGUGCCUACACGCCACCUACUGAGUCUUACAUACUCACAUCAGUGAGCCUUACACUGUGGAACCAGAAAAGGAAGCACAGGGAACGACUGUAUACUUGUCUAAACACAGAAUAAAUUAAGAUCGGAUGGCUCAUGAAGAAACAUUAGACAUUAGUGUACACUGUGUUUCGGAUGUUAGAUGAUAUUUUCCAAGAGGGGCAUGGAGACAUGUGUCUGUAAUCCCAGCAUGUGGGACUGAGACAGAAAGAUUAUCUUGAGAUUGGAGGCUAGCCUGGGCUACCCAUUGAGACCUUGUCUUAAUUAAUCAGUCAGUCAAUAAACACAGAAAUGAUGGUGGAUUUCUUUAAAUUAUAGUUCACAUAUUUUAAGUGCAGUAGAGCACAUAAUGAAUUGCUCAUGCUCAACUUUAAUAAGGAACUUCUUAUUAUAGUAAUGUAUGAUAGUGUCUGUAAAAUCUGACAUUUCAGAGAGAUAUUGGCUGAAAUUAGAUAAUUUAGAUUAUACGAUUAAGGCUUCUGAGAUAAGCCCCAAAACUUCACAUUCAUUAUUUAGAAUAAAUACUAUUCUUCAAACAAUUCAACCUAAAGUUUUUAAUAUAUAGAAGAAUUUAUAAUUAAUAAAGAGAAAUGAAUGUCAUAUGAAAACUAUUUUAAAGUAUGUAAGGUAAGACAUAAAAAAUCAAUGAUAAAAAUUAAAGAGAAUUAUUUAAAGUA